CGCUAGGUCAAGCAGAGACUAAGGACCAACGCAGUCAUGAUGUGAUGCUGCUUGUCUUGUUUCCUCUUAGGAAAGCAGACGUGGAGCCAAGACCGAGCUCUCUCCUCCUGGAGAGGACCUCCUCAGGGAUGGAGAGGCUGGACACAAAUGCCUCCAAGGAUCAAGGGGACUGCCAGUUAACAGAGAGGUAUAAGCAAAUCUACCUCCCCCUGACCUAUACUAUCAUCUUCAUCCUCGGGCUACUCCUGAAUGGCGUUGUCUUAUGGCUCUCCUGGCACCAAACCAAGCCAUGGAGCUGUGCCACCAUCUAUCUGGUGAACCUGAUGGUGGCCGACUUGCUUUACCUACUGACACUACCUUUCCUCGUCGUCACCUACAUCCUGGGUGACAACUGGCUCUUCGGGGAGCUGUUCUGCAGACUGGUGCGCUUCCUAUUCUACGCCAACCUGUACGGCAGCAUGCUGCUGCUGACCUGCAUCUCCGUGCACCGCUUCCUAUGCGUGUGCCACCCACUGCGGUCGCUGCCCUACCGGACCCGCAAGCAUGCCCAGCUGGGGGCUGCCACCACCUGGACCCUGGUGGUCCUCCAACUGCUACCCACACUGGCCUUCUCCCACACAGACUACAUCGAUGGCCAGACGAUCUGCUAUGACAUGACCAGCCCUGGGAAGUUUGACCAGUAUUAUGCCUAUAGCAUGGUUCUAAUGCUGUCUGGCUUUCUUUCCUUCCUUGGUCAUCCUGGUGUGCUACUUCCGGAUGAUCAGAAGCCUCACCAAGCCACAGGAGAACAUCACAAGGACAGGCAACACGGCCCGGGCCAAGUCCAUCCGGACCAUCCUGCUGGUGUGCAGCCUCUUCACCCUCUCUUUCGUGCCCUUCCAUAUCACCCGCUCCUUCUACCUUACCGCCCACUUCCUGGGCUCACAGCACUGCCAGCUCCUGAUGGCAGCCAGUGUGGCCCACAAGGUCUGGAGGCCUGUGGUGAGCAUAAACAGCUGCCUCAACCCCAUCCUCUACUUCCAGUUAAAGGUAACAAUGGAGCCAGGCUUCUCCAGAAACUGAGGCAGAACAAGGUGGAUGAGCACCCCGCUGGGGCCACAGGACAGGCGCCCAGGGUCUGGGGGAUCUGGGUACUGCCAAGGUGAAGUCUGGGGAGACAGGCUCCAUGGCUAACCAGGACUUGUUUGAACACAGACUAGGGAGGGGAAGUGGGAGGGGACGUCAGACCUCCUAGAAAGGGUCCUGCUGAAAAGCAUUUUACGUUGAUGUUAAGAAAUUUUACAGUAAGAAUGUGGAGGGUACUACCAACACUGAGUACUGCCGGUUUUCUCUUAUCACUCAGGUCUUGGUUCAAAUGUCACCUUUUCAAAAAGCACUCCUGCCCACCUCAGCUAAUGUUGACCUCUUCUCCCAGAACCCAAUCACUCUUUAUUUCCUGAUCUGUUGCCUUUGUGACACACCACUCCCACGAC